UGGAAGUAGGGUGAAUGAGGGGUCCCGGCCUAUCCCUCUGCACUGUCAUAUCGUGCCAGACCCAACCGUGUAUUCUGAUUAAAGAUUAAUUGCGGGCUCCGACACCCACUUGUACUUUCAUGAGCAGGCAUAUCAUGUUUCUGGUGAGGAAUUCCAAUUGCAUUGUUUUAGUGGAGGGACAGCAGAGAGUUGACAGCGAGACGCGGUGUGGGGGCAUUACUGUCCACCACAGCAAACAGACCGAACAGUAGGCCAUCACUACUCUUUAUAUACCCAUUUACUACAUCACAACGCUAUUCUGGACGGCAGCUUACUACAGGUUCCCAAGCCUGAAAUAUGGCAGGUGUGAUAGCAAUGCCGGUUCCCCAGUAUCCAUCACUAUGUGUUCCUGUGCCUAUCUACCCGUGGACUACCGCCCCACCAACACCCUUGCUACACAUGCCAGACCAGCAGGGACAGCGCUACUACACGUUUCCGUCUCAGUGUGUCAGCAGCUACACCAUCAGCACCUGGUCUCAAUGGCGGGCCGCGCCACCUGUCACCGGCACCUCGGCCAUGGACCUGUCAUCAUCUGCCAAACCCUACUACUCCGCCCAGCAAGGUUUUGACAAGGAAAAAAAGAAGGCAAGAUUCGACUUUGCUCAUCUAGCUAAAUCAGUGUCUGAAGAAAAUGAAUGCAGGACUCAAUCAAUCCACAAGAACAGAGAUGCCCAGAUAAUAAGUCAUGUGAUGGCAAACUAUUGUGGCGCCAGUCAGCAAGAAGAGGCGUGUAGCAAGUACUGUGUUUUCUCCAGCCCCUCACAUGUUAAAAAAACACGGAGACAUGGACCUAGAGUGAAAAAAGAAUUUAUAUGCAAGUACUGUGGCCGACACUUCAGCAAGUCUUACAAUCUACUGAUACACGAGCGCACUCACACAGACGAGCGGCCAUACUCCUGUGACAUCUGUGGCAAGGCUUUCAGGAGGCAGGAUCACCUACGAGAUCACAAGUAUAUCCACUCCAAAGAGAAACCUUUCAAGUGCAUGGAGUGUGGAAAGGGCUUCUGUCAGUCCCGUACACUUGCUGUUCACAAGGCUCUUCAUAUGCAGAGUUUAUCCGGUCACUCGUGUCCACGCUGUGAGAAGUCCUUCAGUCAGCGGAGCAACCUGAAGACACAUCUGCUAACCCACUCCAAUGACAAGCUGUACUCAUGCAGAGUGUGUGCCAAGAUCUUCCGCGGGAACAGUGACCUGCGCAGACAUAUAGCCAUGCAUACACCGGAAACACAAAGAUGAACUUGAUGCUAUUACUGAAACUUGAUGCAUUGUAUAGCUGGAUCAGUGUUUAACAUAAUUACAUAUUGAACCACUUAAA